CUCUUCGUGUUUGUUGUUCUUCACAAUUUUAUUCCCAUUGAUUGGUGUUUCUUCGUGAAUGGAAUUUUAAUUUAACAAUAAACCUGUAAAAUGAAUAUAAUGAAUACGUUACGAUCUACCUAUCAGAGGAGCAUCCAUCAGAUUCGUCAAUUUCACAAAUGCAUUAUUCAACAAACAGAAGUUACAGCUGCUGCUACGGCUAGCACAGUUUCUGUAUCAGAAUCUGUUUCAACCGAGAACCACCCAGCAGUCAGUUCGAAAAUUGAGAUGAUUGCUAAUCAAAUUGUUAAUUUAAAUCUUAUAGAAGUGGCACAAUUGAGUGAUUUACUUAAAAAGAAACUAAAUUUGCCAGAUGCUCCCAUAAUGCCUAUGGGUGGUUUUAUUGCUAAUGCACCAAACGCAGAAGUGGAAGAAGAAGAGUCUCAAGUGGUACAGACUGCAUUCACUGUCAAACUAACAGGUUUUGAUGAGAAACAAAAAAUUGCUUUGAUAAAAGAGUUAAAGAGUAUAUUACCGGAUUGUAAUCUCGUGCAGGCCAAAAAGUUUGUUGAAAGUACACCGGGUGUAGUCAAAGCUGAUAUUGCAAAAGACGAGGCUGAAAAGUUAAAGGAAGCCAUCACGAAAGUUGGUGGUACAGUUGAAAUUGUUUAAUAUUCCUAUGUAAAUAUAUAUAUAUAUCUUUAUUUAGGUUUAAUAGAAUUUUUUAAUAAAGCAAAUGAAAAUAAAAUAA